AUGGCAGGACUGUACUGGAUUUGUUUCUUCGUAUAUUUUGCAUUACAAGGUUCUGAUGGCGACAAAAUAACAAUGAGACUUGUAGAAGAACCAUCAAACUUUGGGUAUAAUCAAGAAACUCAGCUGGGCAGUAGUGGAUUAGAGGCUCACUUUAAAGCGGCUAACAUCUCAGGUCCACCUAUGCUGAGGCGAUUGGAGGGAAAAUGCUUUGAUUUAAUCAAUGAACAAUACAAAUUUGUACUUUGUCCAUUUCAUAAUGUAACACAGCAUGAGCAGUCUUUACGUUGGAAUCCUUACAGUGGAAUAUUAGGAGUUUGGCAAGAAUGGCAGAUUGAAAAUAACACAUUUCAAGGGAUGUUUUAUAAAUCAGGAGAUGUAUGUGCUAACAAGAGAAGACAAGUCUUGGUUAAUUUACUAUGCAGUCAAAAAACCGAAUUGCUUACUGUGGAGGAACCAGUAACAUGUGAAUAUGUAAUGAAUUUUUCUACUCCUUUGGUUUGUCAUGACCAUGUAAUGUUAGUUUAUCCAACAUUAUCAGAUGAUUUACAGCUAAAGUGGGAUGAAUUAGAAGGAGAGUUAGUUCGAGAAGAGAUUACCCGAAAGGGUUAUAAGAAAAGAUUACAUAAAAUAUUUGAGGAAGCAGAUUUAGUUUUAUCACCAGACAAGUCAUUAGUUGCAUUACAUCCAGAAAAGAAGACAGAGGAAGUGGAGGACUUUGACAAUUUAUAUUCAUGUAACAUAGUAAGUAAAAUGUUAACAAACUGA